AUGACUCAUGGAAGAGUAAUUAAAAUUCCUCAUAAUGAAAUUGACUAUUCAUCCGAUACUAUAGUAGUUGAUCUUUGUGGGACAGAAAUAUUGAUUGAAAUCCCAAAAACAAUACAAGAACAAGUUAAAAAUGUUGCGAACUUACAGAGUUGCUGGGAAAGAAACACAGUAUUCAACCACUUGCUCUCUCAGGAAGAAAUGGACUGCUACAACCAACAUUGUCCAAUGAAGGAUAUUUCAAAUGGUACUAAUCCAGCAGCACAUGGAGAUAAUGACAACGAAUCUUAUGUAGCAGAUAAUAACUUUGAGUCCACUGAUAAUUCGGAAAACUUGAGAGGACCUGCACCUGUACCUGAAAAAGUUAAAAAACGACAUGGCAAAACUGCAGAAUAUAUUCAACAAUGUACACUUGCUAUAGAGAAGUUUUCGUCUGAAUUAAAAAAUGAAAGACAAUUUCUGAAGGAUAUGCAAUUGCAAAUGAUAGAGGAAUAUAGAAUAAGAAAAAUUAAUGAAGAUUUCGUCAAAGCUUCACAAGAACAAUGGGCUAUAAGAAAUGCUCAAAGAGAUGAAAGAAAUGUCCUUUUGAAAGAAAUUGUACACAAAAUCAACUAA